GACCCGAAUAUAAAUUCAACACCCCCGUCACACUCAAACCCGGUCGAUCAAUCCAGUCAAACUUCGUCUUUACAGCAAAAACGGAAACGUCUCAUGCCACAUUCGAUUCUCAAAGACAGUUCAUCUAAGCAACUCGAAACUCAUCGAAGUCGACGGUUGACAGACGGAAGUGGCAAUCUGUCACCAACCAACAUAUCUACCUGUACUCGAGUAUCGUUUGAUCAGCCUACUAUACCGACAGUUGGUUCAUCAGCGUUCAACAGGCUGGCUGCCAUCGGAGACAGCGAUCUAGGGAAGACAAGCACUCUGCGCCAAAGACGUACCUCUCUUCCUGUCACUCCAAAUGCUUUCGCAGCCAGUAGAGCUGCUUUACAAAGUAAUUUAACAGAAGCGCGUGGACUUGUGGCAGAAAUGCUGGCCAACAAGGAUUUACCACCAAUGAUUAUUUCAGGAUUAAAAGCAGUAGCCACUUUGCUAAAUCCUCAACCACCAUCGAUCAAUUUGCACUUCGAUUUUGGUCUUCCAAUGGUUGUAGAGAAUCCAUACAGUGGUGAACAAAUUGUUGUUGCUGCGGCUUCAAAGCCACGUCUUUCGAGUAUCACAUUCUCGACAGUAACAAGUGCUACCGGACUACCAACAAUCGCCGCUGAGCCUUCUAGGCCACGAUCAAGCAGCUACUGGAAACAACCAGAUCGUGAAGGUUGCAAGAGUGGAGCUAGUCCGGAGAAUAAGCAUUAUUUUCAGCCACAAACAUCCAGUACUCCUAUAACUGAUACCACCACCCUAAGCGAUGAAGAAAAGCAAAAGGAGGACAUUCCACUGAUUAAAACCUCCAAAAAUAAUCGAGAUACACAUGAUGAUGAAGUCGAUGUGAAUAUCGUGGCCUGCACUAGUUUGGGAAGAAUUGAGGAUUCCACGAUACGUACAUCAGAUGGUACAAAUUAUAAUUACAAGGAACUGAAUUCAGAUGAAGAGCUGGCCAGGAUCGCAGAAUGGGGCUUUCCUAUUUUUCAUUUUGCUGAGUGCCAUCCGACAACAACACUUAGCAGGAUAACAUAUUCAGUAUUCCGCGAACAUGACCUUUUUCGGAUUUUCAAAUUAUCGCUAAAUAAAUUUUUUAAUUUCUUUCAUUCAUUGGAAUGCGGGUAUUGGGACAUUCCUUAUCACAAUCGUAUACAUGCAGCGGACGUGUUACACGGGUGUUAUUAUUUAACAUGUCAUCCAGUUUGUGCGUUCCUCGGAACACCAACCAAUAAUACUGAGCCUUCACUGUCUAUUUCUGAUAAUUCACCGUUACCUCUGUCAAGCAGUAUGAGCACACUUGAAUUGAUGGCUUUAUUUACUGCUGCAGCAAUGCAUGAUUAUGAUCAUCCUGGCCGAACAAACGCAUUUCUUGUCGCAGCUGAAGACAAAAAAGCUAUCUUGUACAAUGAUCGAUCAGUAUUGGAAAAUCAUCAUGCUGCUGAAUCAUGGCGUCUGCUGUCGAAACCAGAGAAUUCUUUUAUUGAAACGUUGGAUGCCGCUGAAACGAAACGAUUUAGAUAUCUUGUACUGGAGUAUAUCCUCGCCACGGAUCUCAAACUACAUUUUGAUAUCAUAAUGCAAUUUAAUGAAAAGGCACCAGAUAUGGAUCUAGGCAACGAGUCAGAUCGUGUUAUCAUUUCACAAAUGCUCAUUAAAUUUGCUGAUAUCAAUAGUCCUUCUAAACCAUAUCCACUUCAUCGUCAGUGGACCGAUCGCAUUUGUGAAGAGUUUUAUGCUCAGGGCGAUGAAGAGAAAAGACGUGGUAUGGCAGUAUCACCAUAUAUGGAUCGAAAUGAUCCAGCAGUUGCCAAAUUACAGGACUCAUUCAUUUCUCAUAUAGUUAAUCCAUUAGCUGUUGCUCUGAAUGAAGCAGGUCUACUGCCGAUUUUACCAGGUCUGGAAGAACCUGAAUUGAUCAUCAACUUGAAGCACAAUCAUCAGAAAUGGCUCAACGAACUAGAAGAACAGAUAGCUUCCACAAAAGUCAUGGGAUCAGGCAAUAUUGCGCCUGUGCUCAAUCAGCCGUCUUCAUUAUCAUUCAAAACAUCUGAUAAUGUAAUCGUUGAAGAGAGUAGUAAUGAGGAGCAAAACAGUGAAUCGUGUAGUAAAGAUUUUGAAAGUGAGAACGGAUAUUCAAGCGAACAUAUCCAAUAAUGGUAUUUUUGUGGCGAUUGGUUUGAAGCGGUCAGUACCUACUGAUAUAUGUGCUGGUCAUUUUUGCUGAUACUUCCUCGCAUGUUUUAUCCUCAAAUAUACUUGUUUUCUCACAAAUUGAAUUUAUUUACUGGGAAUAAAAUAAAUUUUUUCAAAUAAAAC